UCAGUGGCACUCUAGGUUUUCAUUUCUUCAUCUGAGGAGAUUGUGCCAGUGGAACGGGAUCCACUACCUUCUGGACCUUGCCAUGGACUGAGAUAGUUAGCCAAGCAAGAAUGCCAUCAUCUACUCCAUGGUAGAUGGCGAACCCUACGUUGGAAUGCCCCCCACCAAACCUACCACUUUACCAGUCCUCCUUUAUGCGAGGGAUUCUGUCAAGGAGCCCCCCAUGUUCAAUAUGGAAAAAGUCGGAGAUUGUACCUACGUGAUUAGCGCCAGGAAUUACAAGACACAGGAGGAGCGUGGCCUUCUCAUCGGAUCCAUCGAGGGAGAAGCUCAGAAGUGGCGCAUCCAGUACACCGAACGUAAUGACGCCUAUAUCAUUGCCAAAGAGAACGACCGUGGCGUUGGAUGGGUCGCCCCGACCAACGAAGAAGAACGCAAAGAAGACCGUCAGAUCCUGGUCAGGCAGCUCAUGGUUGGACCAUCCGAGCCACCUUUCUAUCCUUCGAACCAGUUGUUCAGGUUCAAGUACCAGGAGUGAUUAGGAGGUUGAAUAGGUUGUGUAUACGAAGGCCAAAGUGCCAAGGUCUGCAAUGUUGUUUGAGGUGUGUUGGUGAUAUGUGCUAGUGUAGGAUACGAAAAAUCCAAGUGUAAGCGUAGUUCCUGUGGGUACCAACGCGCAUGAAAGUCGUUGGAG